AUGUGGCUUUUCGAAAAGCGUUGUACUAAAAUUGUGGAAGCAACAUGGUCCCAUCAUGAUUUCGGCACAAAUGAUAGCAAUAUCUUAAGGCGAGUUGAAUCUUGUGGUAAGGAAUUUGCAUGGUGGAACCGAAAUAUAUUUGGCAACGUGAAAAGGGAGUUAGAAAAGAAGAUAGCACUUUUGACACAAGCUGAGAGUGCAGCCAGGUAUACAGGUUUAAACCAUCGGGUUAGAGCUUUAAGGGAGGAAAUUAACACCCUCAUGGAGUGGGAAGAACGCUUAUGGUGCCAAAUAUCACGUGUGUUAUGGCUAAAAAAUGGGGACAACAAUACAAGAUUCUUUCACAGCCAUGCUACCCGAAGAUACAGGAAAAACCGAAUCCGUGGAGUAAGGGAUGAGUUGGACGUGUGGCAGGACCAAUCGGAUAGAAUUGGCUCUACUAUACUUGGGUAUUAUGAGAAUCUUUUCUCCACAUCCACUAGAACAUCAUACACGGCCCACCUGGACCAUAUUCCCCAUUUGAUAUUUGAAGAAAUGAAUCAAGUUCUUAUGGGUUAUUUCUUAAAAGCAGAGGUCUCUUUAGCUUUAAAGCAGAUGGCACCACUCAAAGAACCUGGCCCAGACGGGACGCCACCAUUGUUUUAUCAACACUACUAG